AUUAGUUUCGGGUUGGUUACGUUUUCAGUUAUGAGCUAUAGACUCGCUACAUGUUUGUGUUUAAUUUGGACCAUAAUCACAAUAAUGGAUCAUCUAGCUAAGCAACACCAGCAACUAAUUGCACUAUGCAUGCUCCCUCUUUCCGUUCUACUAUUCUCUUGAAUGUUCUUUUUACGUAAAACAUAACAUGGAGGCCCUCUUGAGGCUUGGAUCUAAAUCUUCUGAUGCAUUUCGUCGAGAAGGCCAAUCUUGGCAUUGUACAACGGGGCUCCCAAGUGAUCUUACCAUUGAAGUAGGCCAAGUAACUUUUUUCCUCCACAAGGUGCAUGCCAAAUAUGCUUUAAUUUCAUGCAACACCUUAGAGAUCAGAGGUAGUAUGUUUGUUCAUUAAUAUGUAAAGCUUGAUGCACGCAUGCAGUUCCCAUUGCUUUCUAGAAGUGGAUUGCUCAAGAAACUCAUCAAUGACUCCUCAAAGGAGGAGGAAGAAGGAGCAAGCUGUGUUUUGCAACUUCAUGAUGUCCCCGGAGGAGACAAAACAUUCGAUCUUGUAACAAGGUUUUGCUACGGCGUACUAAUCGAAGUCGUGGCGUCUAAUGUAGUACCUCUAAGAUGUGCAGCAGAGUAUCUAGAAAUGAAUGAAAACUAUGGGGAAUCCAACCUCAUUGGACAUACAGAGUCUUUUCUCAAUCAAGUUCUCAGCAAUUGGCUAGACACAAUAAAAGCUCUCCAAUCAUGUGAAGAGGUUAUGUCUUAUGCACAACAACUCAACAUAGUUUCCAGAUGCAUUGAUUUCUUGACCCUCAAGGCAUGUCCUGACCCUAUGCCCACAAUGGCUGAAGCUGAUUCCUUGAAUGAAAAAGAUAAAUCACAAACCAAAGGUGAUGACUGGUGGUAUGAGGAUCUAUCAUUGUUGAGUUUACCACUAUACAAGAGACUAAUUUUGUCCCUCGAAUCGAAAGGUAUGAAACCUGAGAAUAUUGCAGGGUCCUUGAUACGUUAUAUUACAAGAUAUGUACCCUUGAUGAAUAGGCAAUCGAGCUUCAAGGAAAAGAACAACAACAAUGAUGUGAAUCAAGGGACAAAUUCCGAAGCAGAUCAAAGAGCUAUGGUUGAAGAAAUUGUGGCAAUGCUUCCAAGUAAGAAAGGUGUAACACCUUCCAAGUAUUUGCUUAGAAUGCUAAGAACAGCUAUGCUUCUGCAUGCAAGUCAGGCAUGCAUAGACACUUUGGAGAAAAAGAUUGGCUCUCAACUUGAACAAGCCAUGCUUGUUGAUCUUCUGAUUCCAAACAUGGGGCAACCGGCUGAGACACUUUACGAUACAGAUUGCAUUCAGAGGAUUAUAGAUCAUUUUCUGUCCAUAUACUUGCCUGCAACUGCAUCAACUACUCCGUGCAUAAGCAUGCAUGAAGAAGGGCCAUUGGCGAGUGCAGCUGAUUCACUAACACCUAUGACAAUAGUAGCCAACUUGGUAGAUGCAUAUCUUGCUGAGGUGGCUCUUGAUGUAAAUUUCAAAUUGCCAAAGUUUCAGGCCCUUGCAACUGCAAUUCCAGAAUAUGCUAGGCCUAUAGAUGAUGGUUUAUAUCAUGCUAUAGAUGUGUAUCUCAAGGCACAUCCUUGGCUAGUGGAUUCCGAGAGGGAGCAAUUCUGUAGACUCAUGAACUGCCAAAAGCUGUCAUUGGAAGCAAGCACACAUGCAGCACAAAAUGAGAGAUUGCCACUCAGAGUAAUUGUGCAGGUCCUCUUCUUUGAACAACUUAGACUCAGAACAUCAAUAUCUAGCUGGUUAUUUGAUGACACACAUAACUUUGAGAACGCACAACAACAAAACAGCCUUAAUGGAAAUAAUCUUGGUCACUUAAGGAGUGCUAAUAACGGUCAAGUAGACCCUUCACAACAACAAGGUGGUGGAAACUUGAGGGAACGUGUCUCAGAGCUUGAAAAGGAAUGCACCUGUAUUAGGAAAGAGCUCCAUAAGCUAGCUAAGAGUAAGAGAGGUUGGAACAUUUUCCAAAGAAUCUUCUUUAGAAAAAGGUCUUGUUAGUAGUGUUGCAAUAUCAACAUAUAUUAUGUACUAUUGCGCCGACUGAAUG